UCUGAGAAAUGACAAACCAGUGAGUCAGGCUACACUCACUAACAUGCUGGAGACGCACAAAGAACUUUUCAAAGAUGGCUACGGUGAAAUACAAGACUUCACAGCAAAAGUCAGAGUGCAAGAAGGAACCAAGCCUAUCUUUCACAAACCACGUUCGGUUCCCUAUGCUCUUAAGGAAGCAGUAGAGAAGGAACUGGUCCGCCUACAGAAGAAUAACAUAAUCACGAAAGUAGCGAGGAGAGACUGGGCCGCUCCGAUUGUUGUAGUCCCAAAGAAAGACAAGACCAUCAGAAUGUGCGGUGACUACAAGGUCACAGUAAAUCGCUGCAUACUACCAGAGGAAUAUCCACUACCAAACGCUGAAGAUCUGUUUGCCACUCUAGCUGGUGGGAAGGUUUUCAGUAAACUGGACCUGGCAUUCGCUUAUCAGCAACUGAAGCUGGAUCCGGAGUCAGAACAGUAUCUGACCAUCAAUACACACAAGGGGCUAUUCAGAUUCAAUCGCUUGGCCUAUGGAAUCUCGACAGCUCCAGCAAUAUUCCAACACACAAUGGAUCAGAUCUUGGACGGUAUAGACAAUGUUGUGUGCUUCAUGGACGACAUCCUCAUGUCAGCACCAACCAUUGGAGAGCACCUUGUAGUGCUGGACAAAGUGAUGUCAAGACUGGAGAAAUACGGAGUGAGAAUGAAACGCAGCAAGUGUGAGUUCCUCCAGGACUCAGUGGAGUAUCUCGGAUACAAGAUUGAUGCACAAGGCCUGCACCCAACCAACAGCAAGGUGGAAGCAAUCGUAAACGCUCCAGCACCCACAAAUAUCUCAGAGCUGAGGUCAUUUUUGAGGCUCCUGAACUAUUACGGAAAGUUUGUGGCAAACUUGUCCACAUUGUUGCAUCCGCUUCACCAACUGCUGCAGGCCGAUACAAAGUGGAAUUGGUCCCCACAAUGCAAGCAUUCAAGACUUGCAAACAGCGUCUGCUAA